UUUUUAUGAGUAUGUGAUGCGACCUGGCUCACAAAGAGAGGUCUCUGACGACGCACGCCCUUCUCUAGUGCAAGUUUAGGACGUUUUUAAACGUUUUUAUUUGAAGAAUCGUGGUGAAUAUGAGCGCGUUACGCCGUCGGAGCCUUAAAUGAAAUCAGAGGCCUUCGAUUGGAAACUGCGCUGUAAAAAGAGACCAUGGGAAACUGUAGCUCUUACGAUUCGGAUGACGGCUUCUCCUACCACCCUGAUGAUGAGAUCUGCGAGCACUGCAACUGCCCCAUUCCUCCGGGGAACCAGAUCCCGUACGACGACACGAAGCUCCCGAUCAACUACACGCCACCGCCGAUCUCACCGUUACCAGAUAACUUAGUGGUGGCAAAGUACACCUACAAACCGUGCCACGCUGAUGACCUGGGCUUCGAGAAAGGCGAGAAGAUGAAGAUCAUCAACGACGAUGAUCCUGAGUGGUACAUGGCCGAGUCCCUGAUGACGGGACAGAAGGGUUACGUGCCACGCAACUUUGUGGCAAAACUCAACAGCAUGGAAACGGAACCAUGGUUUUUUAAGAAUCUCUCCCGAAACGACGCCAUGAGGCAACUGCUUGCUCCUGGCAACACUCAGGGCUCGUUCCUGAUCAGAGAGAGCGAGACCACGCCAGGCAGCUUCUCUCUCUCUGUGCGAGAUCUGGACCACAAUCAAGGCGACGUCAUCAAGCACUACAGGAUCCGCAACCUGGACGCCGGCGGCUUCUACAUCACCGGCAAGAUCGCCUUCACCUCCCUGUCUGAGCUGGUCAAGCAUUACUCACGAGAUGCAGAUGGUUUGUGCACACGUCUGGUAAAACCGUGCCAGACGCGAAUGCCACAGAAGCCGUGGUGGCAGGACGAGUGGGAGAUUUCGCGCGAGUCGCUCAAUCUGGAGAGACGACUGGGACAGGGCCAGUUUGGAGAAGUCUGGAUGGGUUUGUAUAAUAAUACCCGGAGAGUGGCUAUUAAGAGUCUGAAAGCGGGCACCAUGUCCAUCAGCGCCUUCCUGGCCGAGGCUAACCUGAUGAAGAACCUGCAGCACCCGCGACUCGUGCGCCUCUUCGCUGUGGUCACGCAGGAACCCAUCUACAUCGUCACUGAGUUCAUGGAGAACGGCAGUCUGGUGGAUUUUCUAAAGACUCCAGAGGGAUCAAAUCUACAAAUCAACACCCUGAUCGAUAUGGCCUCACAGGUGGCUGAUGGUAUGGCCUACAUUGAGGAGAGGAACUACAUCCAUAGAGACUUGAGAGCCGCCAACAUCCUGGUGUCUGACGAACUCAUCUGCAAAAUCGCAGACUUCGGCCUCGCCAGGCUCAUCGAGAACAACGAAUAUACAGCCAGGGAAGGUGCGAAGUUUCCCAUCAAAUGGACGGCUCCUGAAGCCAUCAACUACGGCACGUUCUCCAUCAAAUCAGACGUCUGGUCUUUCGGCAUCCUGCUGACCGAGAUUGUGACCUAUGGCAGAAUUCCUUACCCAGGUAUGACGAAUCCUGAGGUGAUCCAGAACCUGGAGAGAGGCUACCGCAUGCCACGUCCAGACAACUGUCCCGAGGACCUGUACGUAAUAAUGAAGGAGUGUUGGACAGAAAACCCCGAGAACCGUCCAACGUUCGAGUACCUGCGCAGCGUCCUGGAGGACUUCACCACGGCAACCGAGGGGCAGUAUCAGGAGCAGCCGUACUGAAGCGCCACCAUGUCGAGUUACACCAAAGACAGAUCCAUGAUUAAACAUUUAUACGACAAACUUCUUUUCCUUUUUGUGGGUAUAUCCUGCUAACAUCCUUUUUUGAGGAUAGUAGGGUAUUUUAUUUUACUUCCUGUUUAAAGACGAUUAUUUCCUGUAGAUUUAUUGCUUCUUUAACAAGGCUGGAGAUAUAUGAAGGGAAAAAAAAACAACCCCUGUCCAUCACCAGCCUCCUUUAUUAAGUGUGGUUUCAUCUCAGCGUAACGUGUGUAAUCCUGUCAGUGUUGUGUCUGUAUUUAGCUUAACGACGUAUAAAUAAUCCAAAUAAAAGAUUAUUUUUUUUCACUUCUGAUCGCAGAUCUCUCCAGAAGAGUAACGGAAAAAUAAAAACUUGUACGACGAACCUCACACGCAGCAAGAAUGACAAGAUAAAAUGUAUAAGAGAUUCUUUUUUUUCUUUUUUUUUUUGGUUUAAAUGUAUAAAUAAAAAUUCAAUUCUUUUAUUUCACCGUGUUGAUCUCGGGGGUAAAAAUAACUGACUUAGUGUAAAUAUAAUUAUCAUUUUUUUCCAUGACCUGAGAAACAAAAAAGGAGCAAAACGUUUUAUCAUGUAAGUCAUUUUAGUAUCAAAGUAUUAAAAGAAAUAGAAAAAAAAAAGUUACCAUUCUCAUUACUGUGUGUGAGAGAUGUAUCGAAGGCAAUAAAAAUACAGUUUGGUCUAGAAAUUAUUUACAUAACGCUGAUUAUUUGUUCAGACGAUAAAACCAUCUGAACAAAACUCA